GGAUAAGACACCGUCUCCUCCCUUUUGUCUUUCACUUCCAGACGCCCUCAUAUGGUUCGUUCACUCCCCCCUUUCCUUCUUCCUCUUUAAAAUCCAUUCCUAGUCCCAAUUCAUAAUCAAUCAUAUACAUUUCUUAUUUCAACUUUUCAAAUGACUCGUUUCGCUAGAUUUCUUGACCAAUCCUCAAAUUCUUCACCCAAGAAAGCUCUGGUCGCCGACCCACCGGAGACAGUUGAUGUAGAGCCCGACAUGGUCGUGAUCCUGGCCGCCCUUCUCUGCGCUUUAAUCUGUGUAAUCGGUUUAAUUUUAGUAGCUAGAUGUGCCUGGCUCCGUCGUGGCCCUGCCGGAAGUGUUGACGGAGGAGGUAGACGUCGCAGUUCAUUUAGAAGAGGGUUGAAGAAAAAGGUUAUACAGUCACUUCCUAAGUAUACCCAUGAUUCUACGGCAAAUAUGGAAAGUGUUGACCCGGCGGCGGCGGCGGCGUCGACGGAGUGUGCGAUCUGUUUGUCGGAUUAUGUGGAUGGGGAUGAGAUCCGGAUACUGCCACACUGUGGACAUAGAUUCCAUGUGUCGUGUAUUGAUACGUGGUUGGGAUCUCAGUCGUCGUGUCCUUCUUGCCGGCAAGUUUUAGUUUUUACUAGAUGCCGGAAGUGCGGCGAUUAUCCGGCGGUGUCUUGCGGCGGCGCCGGUGAAGGUGAGAUUAAGGGUGGAGUUGGAGGAGAGGGUAGCUGCGGUUGAAUUGAAAGCUCAAUUAUUUUAGGCCUAGUUUGGAAUAUACAGAUUACAGUAGUUGGUGGAUAGAAUAUGUGAAGAGAAUUGGUUAGGAAAACCAAACAAGUUCCUCUUAAUCCUAUUUAUAUUAUUAUUAUUAUUAUUA